GACACUUCAAGACGGCAGGCAGAUGGUCGGGCAGAUGCUCGCAUUCGACAAGGCAUGUUGUCUGGUCGCUUCACAGAGACUCUCCUAAUCGAUUUUAUAGCACAUGAACCUCGUCCUCGCCGACACAGAAGAGUUCCGACGCACACGACGAAGGGGAAAGGCCGCGCCCGGCGCAACCCAGCAGGUCACCGAGACUGAGGAGCGACGCGCCAUUGGACUCACCAUCAUUCGCGGCGCGCACGUCAUCUCGCUGUCCGUGGAUGGACCGCCGCCUGCCGACCCUGCUGCGCGACUGGGAGGAGCCUCCGGCGGACCUUCGACUGCUGCGACUCUGGCUGCUGGACCUGGUGUCGCACGCCCCGCAGGACGUGGCCUGCCAGUUGGUCUGACUGGACCUGCUCCUGGCGCUGGAGGACCCGGUGCUGGUUUCGGCGGACCCCCAGGCUUCGGUGGCCCACCAGGCUUUGGAGGACCACCUCCUGGUUUUGGUGGACGUGGAGGACCCCCAGGCGGACCGCGUAAGCUGUGCACAAGCUUUUGUCAGAGCAAGAAUAGCUAACAUCUCACAGCUGG